AUGGUCGGUCCGCGUAACAACAAGAAAGAGCCCGCGCAGGUACCCGGUGAUCGAGGUGACGUAUCGCGCUUGAACACGAGAUCGCACUCUGUUAUGGCGCAAGGUCACAAUGACUUCAGCGGCAGUCGCCCAGGCUCCCAGCGUAACCAGAACGUUUCAGCUGAUGACGUGGAAGGCUGGGUUACACCAACACUGUCUAACAGACAGCCCACUGGUUUCGCACAACCUAUGGACGCUCGCCGAUACUCUCAAGCUUUAUCACAGGCAGGCUACCCACCCUGGGCAACCCUAUCAGACUCUCGCCCGUUCAACCCGGGUCCACCCCAACGCCCGAUCGCAUCUCCGUAUACCCGCUAUCGAGAAGAUUACAAGCAAAAUCCCUUGACCGAUACGUCCGCGGUACCUAACUCCUGGCUACCCCAACUCGAUAUCGACCUCGAUCAGAUGCAUAACCAGUGUCCCGUACCCAGCCCAUCAAGACCAUUACUACAACCCUACUCGAUCUCGUCGUUCAAUGAACUCGAAUUACCCACCGGCGCGGCUGUCGCAUCUUACCUAGAAGAAAUCAUAUGGCGACCGUCGACUGGCGCCUACGCUGUACCACAAAACGAAGCGGAGAAAUCGUACUACGUCAAGAAGAUCUGUUUCGGUCUCGUCAACCUCUCCAACCUAUGGGAUACAGUCGCAGAUGUGUAUCCCUACGCCGUCAAGUUCUCCGACACAGGUGCAUGGGCAGACCCUAGAGACAUCGAAGCGACCGCCCACAUCAUCGUCAGCAACGCUAUGCGCAUCCACAAAAUGGGUGUCGCUGGCUUGCCGUUUCGUCGAUGCGAAGAGUUUGAGUCGCUGAACGCGGAGGAUAUGGAUUUUACUUUCCCACAGCGGAUCCAUUAUCUUGCGCGUCUGUUCUGGCACUCGAAAGUUGCGGCUGAUAACGUCAUGUUGGGGAGGGAUAUUGCCAAGUACGUCGCCUUGCCGCUGACGUCCCUCCGCCAUCUACCGCGGUUCGAACAAGAGUGGUCGAGUAUGUCGGACCAGCAGCGUAUAGUGCAGACUCAAAUUCAUCCGUAUCCGCAGGGGCUUAGGCAUCCGACUCCCCAGGAGCAGGAGCAGAUCUUGAAGCAUGUACGUAUGUUGCCGUCGUUAUUCAAUAACUACAUGGCCACGGGUGGCCAGUCGGGUACGUUUAGUCCACGUCAAAAGCCACCCGGUGGAUCAGCAGCGCCUGGGAAGCGUCCAGCAGAUGAUGACGAAGGAUACAAGAUGGAGCCUGCAGCUAAGCGCUCUCAUAAUUAUGCGCGUUCUCGGGGUGAUGAGAGCUUUGAGAAGUUCCAGUAUGAGGAAGGUCACCGCCCAGGUAGCACCAUGGGCACUAGAUCUGCCACCCAAACUCCGGCGAGCGAUCGGACCAACGGAUGA